CAGGAUGAAUGGUACUGGUAUUAUUUCGAGGUGGCGGCCCGUCGCUCACUCAAGAGUUUUUCUGUUAUUUUCGUACCAAAUUUGCACUUUUGUACGUUAGAAACUGUGACCGUUGACAUAUACACUUCACUACUGACACAAACUAACCUUUAACCCUAACCAUAACCGUCCAAAAUUGAGUAGUUAUAGUCACAGUUAAAUAUGAGGUAAAUUUGACGAUCGUUAAAAUGGUGCAAUGAAUUUUUGCGCAACCGUAGGUUUAACCGAUGUCAAGGCGCUGGUUAUAAUUAGUUGAUGCAACUCACCCUUAGUUAUUGGUUGUUAUGGUAACGUGAAUAAAACAAAGCAGUUAACUUGCCUUCGCUUUGCAUUACCAGUCCUUUUUAUGUGCUGUUUGUCUGUUGCCGAUUAUUAAAAAUAAAUACGUUGAAUUAUUAUCAGUAUAUGUUUUUAAUUUACGAUAAUUUGAGUAUAAAAAGUAAAUAAAUGAUGAUCUCGAACUGGCACAGAACGACGUGUCAAUUAUUCUAUUUCCGUUUAUCUGUUCCUACGCAACAUAUCACUUUAAUUAGAAAUUAACUUGGAAUGAAGAAAUUGAUUGAAAUUGCAACCGCAACAUAAGCUUAAUGUGAAAAUCGUAUGUUGGUAGGAUACCUAAUUAUAAGAAAGGGUUUUUACUUCCAGUAAAUGUAAUAAUAAAGAAUUAUCAUUGUUCAUCACCAUCAUUGCUGACGUUUGUUUUAUUUACAACAGUCUACCUCACUGAUGUUACCUAGACGCGACUAGGAAUGUCCAGAACAGCAUUAUAUGUCAAACCUAAAAGUUCCCUUUGCACUUACAUACGAAGUAGGGACUUGGAAUGAAGAAAUGUUAACUUCUCAUUGUCAUUUACCUCUCUCUCAAUACAAAAGAACAGCAUGCUCUUGUCACUGAAGAGAGAAAGUGUUUAGAGUUGAGCGGGUAGAGCGUGCCGAGACUAGCGCGGGCGGCGGGCGGCCAUGAACCGGUACGUGGUGCUGCAGCAGCUCGGCGACGGCACCUAUGGCUCUGUGGUGCUGGCGCAGCGUCGCGACACCGGGGAGAAGGUCGCCAUAAAACGUAUGAAACGGAAAUACUACUCGUGGGAUGAAGCUAUGAACCUACGCGAAGUAAAGUCGUUAAAGAAACUUAAUCACGCCAAUAUUGUAAAAUUACGCGAAGUGAUACGUGAGAACGAUACGCUUUAUUUUGUAUUCGAAUACAUGCGAGGUAACUUGUAUCAGCUGAUGCGAGACGCCGAGCGGCCGCUCCCGGAGCCGGUGCUGCGCAACAUCCUAUACCAGGUGUUGCAGGGGCUGGCCCACAUGCACCGACACGGCUUCUUCCACCGCGACCUCAAGCCCGAGAAUCUGCUGUGCGCAGGGCCCGACCUCGUCAAGAUCGCCGACCUGGGACUAGCGCGCGAGGUGCGUUCACGGCCGCCCUACACGGACUACGUGUCAACGCGCUGGUACCGCGCGCCCGAGGUGCUGCUGCGCGAUACGCACUACGGUCCGCCCAUCGACCUGUGGGCGCUGGGCUGCAUCGCCGCUGAGCUCUACACGGGUCGGCCGUUGUUUCCCGGAAAUUCGGAGAUCGAUCAGCUGUACAAGAUCUGUAGCGUGCUGGGGUGCCCCGAGCGCGGGGAGUGGCCGGAGGGGUUCGCACUAGCGGAGGCGCUGCGGUUCCGUUUCCCCACGAGCGCAGGCGUGCCGCUGGCGCGCGCGGUGCCCGGCGCCUCGGCCGCCGCGCUAGCGCUGCUCGCCGCACUUCUCCGCUACCCACCCAGAGACCGCCCCACCGCGCCGCAAGCUCUACGGUUCCCUUACUUCGCCGUUGGAGUCGCUUUAGGUGUUCCGGCGCCGACCUCGCGCGCUAGAAGAAGUGCAAUGCGAACGGACGCGGGGCACACGGCUGUCGGCGCCGACGCGGCGACGGGAGCGCCCUCCGCGCGCGCCGACCGCUUCGCCGACAUUCUCGGGGGCGAGGUGAUACACGACGUGCGCCGCGCGGUGGCGGUGGAGGGCGGCGCGCGCGAUGUGCGAGGGCGCGGCGUGGCGGCGCCGAACCCCGCGGCCGCCAUACCGCCCGCGCCCGCCGCCGCGGCCUACCUCGGCGCCGCGCGCUACGUGGCGGGGACACGCAUCGACACAUCUCUGUUCCGUCCCAUAUACUUUAGGUCGCAUCGGGAGGCGACGGUAGUGGGCAGCGGCGAGCGCAGCGGCCGCGUCGAUUGGGCCGCCAAGUACCUGCGCUGAGCCCUUAUGUAUCUGCGCUCAGCUCGCCGUCGCUACUUCGCAGAUGCCUCUACAACCAUCACACGUUCUAUAGCCUUUUAAAUUUGUU